AUGCCAUCAAUGUUUACUCCUGAUGACUUCUUUCCUCAAAUCCCAGAUAAAGAAUUUCUUGAAGGAAAAACAUUUUAUGGAAUUUGUAUUCAAAGAAAUCCUUUACAGUUUAUUGGUUUUGGAAAUAGAAUAUUAGAAGUUGAAUCAAUUGAUUUAAAAGAUUUAAAAGUAUCAAAUAUUGUAUUAAUUCGAUUUAAUAACUUUGAUGUGUUUCCUGAAACAAUUCAAACACCUCCUAAAAUGAUUAUUGGAAAAUGUGAAGAAAUGAUUUUAUGUGAAUAUAAAAAGGGAAAACUUCUUAGUAAAACAAAUUUUAAUGAACGAUUUGAAUUAGAUGAACAUACAACAAAAUUGUUAAUGAAUUUAUAUAAUCACUGGUAUUAUUUUUAUCUUUCUCUAGUAAGAUAUCCAUUAAGUCUUGAUAUAUCAAUGAUGAAUCAACACAUUCAUUCUCAAAUUCCUAUUAAGAAUUUAUUGGCAUAUAUAAUAUCUUAUUCUUCUCAAGUAAGCAAACAUAAAACAGUUCUUUGUCUAAAUUGUUUUUUUGGAUAUGAUCACUUUUACGUAAAUGAUACUAUUAAAAAUAUUGUUCAAGAAAAAAGAGUGGUAUUAGAUAAACUUUUUGAAUGGAAAGUUCCUCUACCUCAAUGUGGGAAUGUGUAUAUAGUAUGUUUAGAGAAAGGCCAAUAUGAAAGUUUUGAUAUUGGGGACUGGAUUUAUCUCACUGAUACAUUACCUUUUACUGGUAGAGAUAGAAGACUUUAUCUUAAAGUUACCAAACAUUCUACUGUUAUAGCUAUUAAAGGAAAUGAACAAGUAAUUAUUGAAAGAGUUGGGAGAUUAGCAAGACAACUUCCAAAAGACAUAAUUCUUGAAAUGAUAAAGAGGGUAGAAGAAAAAUACCCAAAAGAUGAAUGUUUAAAGAAGUACAUUAGUGUAAUUAAAAAACUUAUUCAUUUAAAGAAAAUACGAAGUGCUAGUACUUUGUUAAGGAAAAUGAAUGAGUCAACAGAAAGAACUGAAAAUAUAAUAAAAGAAAAUAUCAAAAACAAUAGUGAUGAAGAAAAAUUUAAAAUAGCAAGUAAAGACUUAAAUACAAUUAACUUUUCUGAAAUAUCUGAAAUCAGGAAAGACCCAGAACCAACAGUUAUAACAGAUAUUGUUAAUAAAGAAAAUAAACAAAAGAAAAUAAAACAAAGCCAAUGGUUCGAUGAAUACUCAAAUCGUUCAACACAAACUAGUGGUAUUACACUUGCUCCAUUAGGAGUUCAGAUGGUUUAUUGUCAACAAUGUUGUUAUACAGUUGAAGAAAUAAGAAAUUUUACAUAUAAUAAAAUUAAAGAAAUUGAAGUAAUGAGAAUUAAAUGUAUUGUUUGUAAAAUAUAUCCAGAAAAUAUUGACGAUUGUAUUGAAUAUAAAUGUGGGUGUAUUCAAAGAGAUCAUAGAAAAGAAGAUAUUCAAUGUCAAUACUGUGGGAAAAUGAUUUAUGAAAAAUAUGAAAUGCAAUUAGAAAUUAAGGAUCUCAUAACAACAAGUACUUUACUUAUAGAAAUUACUCACCCUACUCUUUUAUUUAUUCAAAAUUGGUUUUCAUAUGACCCAUUCCUUUUUAUAAAAGAAUUUAGAAAAUACAUUCUUCAAAACCCAUUGAUUGAGGUGUAUGUCCAUCCAUUUUAUGAUGCUGUUAAUGAGAAAGGUCAUUUGUAUCUGUAA